AUGUCUUCAAGAGCCGGCUUAAGGCUUUUCCAAGCCGCAAGAUUCAGCCGAGUCGCAUUCCGGAGACCCAUUGGGCGACGGUAUCAGACUACCGAUGCCGCUGCUGCACAACCCUUACCACAAGAGAAUGUAUUCCAAAAGUUAUGGAGGAGUCCUGUGGGAGUCAAGACUGUACAUUUCUGGGCGCCGGUCAUGAAGUGGUGCCUCGUUCUUGCAGGUGUCAGCGACUUUGCUCGACCGGCUGAAUCUCUUUCAGCCACACAAAAUAUGGCUCUUACAGCAACUGGCGUGAUAUGGACAAGAUGGUGUCUCAUCAUCAAGCCACGGAAUGUAUUUCUGGCGGCAGUCAACUUUUUCCUUGCUUGCGUGGGUGUGACACAAUUGACGAGGAUCGCUAUGCAUGAGCGAUCGCAAAAGAAUGCUUCUGCGGGUCAGCUAGUUGAAGACGCCGCAGCAGAUACGAAAAAUACAGCAGAGAGUAUUGCGAAGGAUCCUGAAGGGGCGACAAAGAAGGCUCUUUGA